CCCCCGCCCGCCGCCCGGCAGCAGCGCCUCCGACCCGCCACCCAUCGCUGGAUGUUCCUCCACUUUACCCACCGUAUCAAACAACUUUUACCAGUAAAUAUCGGUUUAUUCCUGAAACCAGAAGCCCUAAACAUACCUUUGUUUAUAAGUUUUCCUGCUCUGCAUCUCCGGGAAUGGAGCCCGCAGGACCUAGAGCCUUCUGUUGCAUUCCUGCAGCACUUUGCAUCCCUGUUACGAGGAGGCUCCAGAGGUCCUGCCACCGCGGCACCAACUGCAGCCAGCGCUCGUGCACUGGUGUACCAAGCCUCAGAACCACUGCUCUCUCCAGCUCAUAGGAUGCUUUUCCGAGACUGUGGAUACGUGUAUGUGUACUGCUGUGUUGAUAAGUAAAUGCCAACGAUGGAGUUCGUUGCUUUUAUACAUCCCAAAGAGAAGUUCUCCACCGUUCAUUUCUCUGUUUUCUGACUGAAAAGGUGUGUGUUUGUGAACAGUGUUCACGCAAGUUCUGCCAUCCCACCCUCACAUCAGCUUAUACCAAUGCCAGGAUGGGAGGAUUUGCCUGCGAACCUUCCCCAAAACACCCCGGUCCGCAGUGGCAUCGUCAGGGAGCAGUUCAAACGUGUGUCCUUUGGGCUUUGUGUAAAGCAGAUGCAGAACAAGAAAAAUCACGAUGUUAAAUCCAUUAGAAAACCAAUUCCUUAUUGUACAGUAGUAUGGAGAUCUCUAGUCAACCUGCCAUUAAUACUAGAUUCUUAUUUUUUGAAUGAUCUAUUUAAAAGAACAGCAAGCAUUGUAUUUGCUAGUAAAUCUGAAGUGUUUACAUGGAAUUACUAAAUAAAUUAUUUGAUC